GGUCCCGAGGUGAGCUGAAGUCCUGUUGUGUCCGCCUGUAAGAGCUCCGUGUUUUAAGGACACGCCCAAGAAACACAAAAUGUCUGCUGCUACCGUCAACCCGCUGACCCUCCCUGUCCUCAUCCUCUUAUCCUUGGUUUUCAGCCAACAGGUCGCCUCAAACUGUGUAACCAAACGGGAGCAGGAGAAAUGCAUGGAGAUGAUCGCCUCGGACGAUCCUGGGAAUGAUCCAGAGUUUGGUUGCCCGUGGAUGUGGGACAACCUGACGUGUUGGCAGCCUGCCAGGCUCGGCGAGGUGGUCGAAGUCAACUGUCCCGAACUCUUCUCUCAAUUUAUAAGUGAAGAAGACUUCGAGCUGGGGAAGGUGAGUCGUAACUGCACUGAGUUUGGCUGGUCAGAAACCUUCCCUCAUUACAUCGACGCCUGCCUGUAUGAGGAGGGAAACAGCAGCCAUACGGACAUGUACUAUGUGUCAGUGAAGGCUCUGUACACCGUGGGCUACAGCACAUCACUGGUCUCCCUCACUAUGGCCAUGGUCAUCCUGUGCAGGUUCAGGAAGCUGCACUGUACCAGGAACUUCAUCCACAUGAACCUAUUUGUGUCCUUCAUCCUGAGAGCUAUUUCUGUCUUCAUCAAAGAUGGUGUACUGUACGCCAAAGAGGACAGCGAGCACUGCUUUAUACAUACUCUGGAGUGUCGAGCCGUGAUGAUAUUCUUCCAUUACUGCGUCCUCUCCAACUACUUCUGGCUCUUCAUCGAGGGUCUGUACCUCUUCACUUUACUGGUGGAGACCUUCUUCCCCGAGAAGAGAUACUUCUACUGGUACAUCAUCAUCGGCUGGGGAGCCCCCACAUUGUGUGUGACCAUCUGGGCAGUGUUGAGGCUCCACUUUGAUGAUAUAGGAUGUUGGGACAUGAACGACAACGCUGCCAUCUGGUGGGUGAUCAAGGGACCUGUGCUGGCUUCAAUUAUGGUCAACUUUGUGCUCUUCAUCGGCAUCAUCAUCAUCCUCGUCCAGAAGUUACAGUCUCCAGACAUCGGCGGAAAUGAAUCCAGUAUUUACCUGAGGUUGGCCCGCUCCACUCUGCUCUUGAUUCCUCUGUUUGGGAUCCAUUAUACCGUGUUCGCUUUCUCCCCUGAGAACGUCAGCAAGAGAGAGCGUCUGGUGUUUGAGCUCGGCCUUGGAUCCUUCCAGGGCUUUGUGGUGGCCGUCCUCUACUGCUUCCUGAACGGAGAGGUGCAAUCGGAGAUCAAGAGGAAAUGGCGCAGCUGGACGGUGAACAGGUACUUUGCUGUGGACCUGAAGCACCGGCAUCCUUCGCUGGCGAGCAGUGGGGUGAACGGGGGCACACAGCUGUCCAUCCUCAGCAAGAGCAGCUCGCAGAUCCGCAUGUCCAGCUUGCAGGCGGAGACCCCGGCCACCUGAGCUCCACCGCUGGGGACGCAGCGUCAGGAACAGUCGAUGACAAAGCUGCUACCUCUGGACUGGAUGCCGCCAAACCUGCCACGCCCACCCUCCUGCCCAUGACCAGCCUCAACAAUCCGUUUCUCAACCCCUACCCAAAUCCAUACCCAGACGACACCGUGAUGGAAACACAGCUCAACUCCACCGACCCAGAGCAGCCUCUGGUCUGACUGGAUUCACCCACAACCAAACCUGAAAGUCAGCUGCCAAAUAAUGAAUCUCCUCAUGUCAUGACCUUUGACCUGGAUCAGGCACAGCAUGAGAAAAACUCUGUCCUCCUGUCCUGCAGCCUUUCUUGUUCUUCAAAGGGCAUGAUAAUGUAAAUCUAAAGUGUCAUCGGGCUGUCACCAGUUUUCUCUGUAUAUAUUGUGUUAGUGUUUGAAACUGUCUGGUGCUACAGGAUUUGCUGCUGUAAAGCACAGAGGAACCAGUUUACUGCAGCUGCUCCACAGUCUGUGCCCUCUCAUGGUGAUCAUUCCAGUCUGUCUGAGGAAGGUUUUUUAACAUUUUCUUCUCCAGUUUCCCUCUCAAAACAUAUUUCAGUCAGUACCUAUUGAUAUUUUUAUUCCUCUUUAAACAAAGAAAUCACAGCUGCCAUACAAUUUAAAGUACGACACAACACUGGGCCAUGUAAAUAUCAUAAAAGAGGGGCACUUGUGACAUCAGGUUUAAUGUUGUGUGGCUCUCAAAGGGCUGAAAAGUGGCUAUGAACUUCAACUGAAAAUCUGUAUCAUAAACUGAGAUUGAAGGCUAAUAUUGAAAAGCAUUAAUUGGAAAGACAGGGCAUGUUGAAUUAUGGGAAAUGUAGUUUCAAGUGUUGUUUUUUUGCCAUAAUAUGCUUGAUUCUCAGAUCAGUGUUAAAGAGUUCAAGAAAAAUCUCCUAAAAAGAAAGGGUUUGUUGCAUCAUGGGAAAUGUAGUGUCCAGGGUUUUUGACGUUGGUGAUGUCAUCAUGAUGUCACCAGGGUUAUUUAAGGUUAGAUGAGGAAUCUUUAAAUGUGAAUCUGUGGCCUGAACUAAGAUGGAAGGCUACAGAUGUUCAUAAUGAGGCUCCUUCUUCGAGGAAUGGUGUGUUGAAUUAUGGAAAAUGUAGUAUUUUAAGCAGUUAUAUUGUUCACUCUUAGAUCAGUGUCAUAACAUUUCUUGAUAAAUCUGUGACAUAAUCUACGUCUGGAGGCGGACAGAUGUUCAUAAGGAGGAGAGAAAUGGCCUGUUGCAUCAUGGGAGAUGUAGUGUCCAGUUUAUUUUUUUGGCUAUAGUUUAUAAGAUUUGGGGUUCUGCUGCUAAAUUCUGAUAGUCCCCCAUCAGAGUUCAAAUUCACGAUCAAUCCAAUGUUAUUGAGGAGCAGCUGGAACAUUGUGGACGCUGACGUUGCUGUUUUCAUCGCCCAAACUUUCUGAACCUGUUGAGCGCUGAAGAAGUCAGCAGAAGUACAACAAGAGACUGGUUGUCAAAGCUCAGUUUUUUCUCCAAACUGGGCGAUUGUCCUUUUACUGUGUGACCUGUGACUGCUCUAAAACAAUAUAGUGGGUGUUUGAAGACGAAGGAAUGUGUAGGAGGAGAUUAAUCCAUUCAGUAUUUAUGGGAAGGACUUAUUUUCUAUUGUUAUGUGAAAUGCCAAAAAACAGAAAAAAUGUUACCAGGGUAAUAUGACGACUAAGAGGGUCUUUACUAGAUGUUAGCACAGUGCUGAGGUUUGCUGACUACAACCACAAACACAAGCCUCAUUUGAAUCUCAGCACUGAAACAAGAGAAGCGGAAGAAGAAGAGGACAUCUUUUGGAGAUCAGUGUGUCCGUGGUUUUAAAAACAGCCGUUCGUACAGAAAAUGUCAAUUAUAAUGGACUCAUGGCUAAAGUAUCGUGAGUUCAACUGCUUGCAUGAAACUGCAGUUUUUGUCCAUGUAUUUUAUUUGUGCAAAUUUAGUGUUUAUUACAGUUUUUUUUUUUUAUCUUGAACUUUCAGUGUCUAUGAGGCUGCUGUGGAGGCAACAGGCUGUGAUACUGAUUCUCUUUUUAAAGCCGAGCCUCUUCACCAGCCUCCUGCAGGAUGUUUUAACACUGAACAGGUGGAAGUGAGGCGUUAGCAACAUCAAAACACUUCACCGUUUUUGGGAUAAAAAGUCCUGACCAGUGUCUGAAAUACGACCAUAUGAACAAUCCGUCGAGGGCUUCUUGUCAUGUGAACUCCUCCACCUCGGGGUACCUGUCUUUCUGCAGUUUCUGUCACUGUUUGCUAUUUCUCUUUCUGCUUUCAAACAAGCACAUUAAGAUGGAUGUUACUUUCAGAAAGGGAUGUUAACUCGGGGGUAAUCCUCUCAUUCCAAAGACAAAUUAAUCAACUCCACUGAGUUUUGCACGGACGUAUUUCUGUUUGCAAAGGCUGAGCUAGCUUUGCAACCGAUGUCACUGCAGAUUUUUCCCUCUGACUCCCAACGUACUUUGUGUCUCAAAAAGUGCCUUUAAGCACAAAACAACUAUUUUGACUUCUGUUGAUUCUUUCAGAGAAAAAAGAGAUUUGUCUUUUUUGAGUUUUAAACAAAACUGCAAAGUAAAGAAAAGGGUUGAACAAAGUGCUUUUAUGAUGCUCGAGACUAAAUCAGUGUUGAAACCUGGAGGCCUUCAAAGUACUUUAUCUUGUCUUUGCUAAAGACGAGCAAAACAUACGACAGAUUAGUGUUUUUCAAUAACGCAGUGCUACAGUAUAUUUACGCAGUAUGUCAAUGUACAGUAUACUUUAUUACAUGCACACAAGAAUACAUUUGUUUUUUUAUUAUUUUAGCAACACAUCUUUGAUUUACCCCAACAGCAGAGAAACGAAAAAUUACCCGACUGUGACAAAUCUUAUUUACCUGAACUACAUUAUACUUUUUAAAAAUGAUAGGCCUACAUAUUCAAAAUAUUCUGCAACAGCUGAUAUCAAAUAUGACUGAAUUUCUAGUUUCUGUACAAACAAGUGUUGGCAAAGAACAAAUGUCAAAAACAAGUCUGUGCAGAAAAGAGUCAAUCAGUCAACCCGACUUCUUGUGUUACUUUAAUGUAACACAAGAUGCUGUGCAUAAACAAAACAUACGAUUAAAUUCAUAUUUAAUGAAUCCCCCACUUCCUACAUUUCAAUUAAGGUAAAACAAAACAAAAACAGGUUAUAAAUAGAAGACUUGAUGAAAAACAAGAGCUAAUGAACUGAUAAAUCUCAGAAACAACAACAAAUGAGAACAAAUAUUUGCUGUUUUUCUGAAUACAUAUUAUUUAUGGCUGAUAACAGACACGUACAUACAACUCUGUUCAGUAUUUUUAUUGUAAUAAAAUCACUGUUCACUUUUCCUUGUUAAAUUCUCUCCCAUAUUAGCUGUUAGAAGUUGCAAAAACAAACAUCUUUUUGGUCAUUUGCAGGUUAAAAGACAAGUAUGGAGUUCCAAAACAGACAAAAGAGUGACUUUAUUUUGAAAUAAUAUAAAAUAAUAGUAAAAAUAAAACAUUUUUUAAGUGAUUGGAAGCAAGGAAUAUAAAUUAGCUUUUGCGCAACUGGAGGUUAAAAAUGAAAUUUCACAACGUUUAUUCAUUAAUUAUCGCAUUAAAUCACCAAAUUAUCAUGAACAAUGAAGAGUAAGACUAACUGUGUCUCCACCAAUGGAUUGAAAAUUAGCUACAUUUAAAAAGAAAAUUGAACCAAAAUUCAAAAAUUGGAACCCUUUUUAAAUUAAAAUGUAAUGGUUUGAGAUGCUCUGAAAUAAUAAGCACCUAGUUAUGAAAACUACCCUGAGAAACCUCCAAGCCUCUCUCUUUUCAAACUGUCAAAAUGCCUUAACAACACUUGAUUUUGAAACGGGUCUGAGUUUAUGAGGGCUAACAUGAGCACGCUGUGAUAAUGAGGGCAUUUUAUUUGAAAAGAGGGCGCUUUGCAGAUUUCUGAGCUACUUUUGUGUAAAUAGUCUGAGAUUUUCAGAGGUUAAAUGAGACUGUAACGUCAUUAUUGAGUUUACAAAACUGUCACUGAAUCACAAGUGUUAAUUCCCCCCAAAAGGCCAGACUUUAACCUCUACAAUGGUAGCUGAGCUCCAAACCUUGGGUAAAACUGGGGUAAAUUUGGUGAAAAAGUGAGUUUUUUUGUGUCUGGAUUUCAAAUAAAUAUCACUUUAUUUUAUUUCAAUUCAGAAACAUAGAAGGAUUAACCUUUACAGGUUUAAAAAUAAGUGCUUUUCAGUGAAUUUUGUCUCUCUGUGCUCUAAAUAUUUGUAUUUCUUUGACCUGCAAACGACCAAACUCAUCCUACCUGGUAGUCCAGACCUUGUAAGGGCAAAGAGAGAAAUUAAGGGCUGACCGGAAACUGUCUCGUCCUGUUGCUCUACUGUGUUUGUUUUCAGUGUGAGCUGAAAUAAUAAGAGUGCAGAUCCAACAGCAGCCAUAGGGGGGCCCUGUUUCAUCAUGUGAUGUUUGGGGAAAGGGCUGGACAAUCACCACCUCUUGCUCUGGUUCAGUUGAAUGUUUAGACGAGCUCAUUUCAGACAUUAUGACAAUCUCACCUAUUAUUUGUUAUAAUUUGAUGUAUUUAUAUGAUCUCCUUUGGUGUUGGUGUGGGAGUUGGAGCCUUAUAUUGCCAGUACUAUGUUGAUGUCAGACAAAGAUGUUGCUAUAAUUAUGAAAUCAUUCAUUUGAAUCUGUUGUUUUUGAACUAUGAUGUAGUUAGUUGAAGUGUUUGAGAGGUGUGUAGCAAACCUUUGUGAUAAAUAAACUGCAGUUUAAAUGUGCGAGACAGAACCAAGCUGCCAACGUCGUACCUUGUAAAUGGAGUUUUUCUGUGGUUCAUGGUGAAUAUCUGUAAUUUGAAACUUUUGCGCUGUGACUUUUCUCUUGUUUUAAAUAGUGGUUGUGUUUGCUAAAGUGUACAGCCUCCUGUAAUGCCUCUGUACUCUGAUGGGCUGAUGCAUGCAUCAUUACGGGGAGUCUGACCUGUUUUUGUUUCUUAAAUCCGCUGUAAUGACUGGAUGAGGUGAUUAACAAGCUAGGAGCAGGAUAUUGGGUUUCAACUGUGAAGAAACUGUAGCUCCAGUCCCAUCAGGACCCACUGAAUACUUUUCCUUUGAAUGUUUCAGACAUGAGGAAAAGUAAAGUGCCAUAAAAACUGCUGAUUUUCCUGUUUUUUGCUGAUUUUUCCUGCAAAGCAUGACAAUAAAAUGUUUUUCUUUUAGGCUUUUUGAUGGUGGUUUUCUUUUUGGUAAGCUUCUUUGUACUGACUGCCUGUUCCAAUCAGUUAGAGGUACAAAAAAUACACCUCUUUGUUUAUAUAUACAGGACUGGGCAGUUUGUGUCCUGAUGGCUGAAUGUAACUUUGCUGUGAGCCUGCUUCUGUCUGCUCAUGAGCUCUUUCUCAUUUGAUCUCUCUGCACAGUGCUGCACAGUUUUUUCUUGUUUGAUGUGCACAUUAGAAGGUUUUUUUUUGUACAUUAUGGAAGUAUCAACAAUAAAUGUUUUUAACUUGUUGGCUCAA